AUGCCCAACCUGCCCCGCUUCUCGCCGCCGCCGCGCAAGAAGCCGCACACCCCGGCGUACACGGAGACUCUCUCGGAGCGCCAGCAACUUUUCGACCCCGCCUUCCCGUUCCCGCCCACACACCCACUCCCACUGGCACCACCCUUUUCGGAUCUGCACCUCAGCGACCUGCAGCAAAGCCUGCUGUUCUGUGGCAUCCACCCCGCCGAUCACCAAGCCCCUCCCGCUCCAAGGAUCGCCACCGACUUGAAGAUCGGCAGCCCAACACCCCAUUCUCCAUCACCUGAGGCCAAGAAAGGCGACGACGUCAAGCCACCGGGGAUAAUGCUCUUCGGACAGGCGAUACUGACCGAGGAGCACAUGAAAAGCAGCAACGGCUCUGGUGUCCCGACCUCGCCGCGAACCACCAGCAGCGGCGACGAGAAAGCGUCCAACACGUCUGAUCGCUCUCGCUCCGACGUCUCCCAUGGAAGUCCCGCCAAGAAGAACUCGCCCUCCUCUUGGAGAUUGUGGUGGUCUGGAGACAGUUCACCGUCUGAGUUUGCGCUGGAGCCCGGGCAGUGCAAGGUGUUUGUGGAGUCGGACACUCUCGGCAGGAACCUUGACCUCUCGGCGCUGGGCUCAUUCGAGGAGCUCUGCGCGCGCCUGUCCAGCAUGUUCGGCAUCAGCAACGCUGAUCUGAGGAGCCACAUGGUCGACCGAACCAUCGCCGGCGAGGUGAAGCACGUCGGCGACGAGCCUUUCAGUGUGUUCGUGAAAUCCGCGCGGAGGAUCACCAUACUGACCGACGCUGGCAGCGACAACACUGGCAACCGAUGA